AUGGCGACGUCUUUUUGGCAGGCUGGGGCGGUCUUCGGCCGACCUCUACGUCUGCUGUCUUCUCUCUAUCCUCACGUCUCUCUUCGUUCCGCAGGCGCACUCGCGUCGUCAAUCUCUUCACUGCCUCGUCCGUACCCUCGCUCUGCUUCAGCGCUCGCCUGCUCGCCGCAGAGCGAGCGAGGGCUUCGUUUUCUUUCUUCUGCCGCCGCGGGGACCAUCGAGGCCGUGGACGCGAACGCGACCGUGGAGCGCCGGGGCGAGGCUGGGGCUGGCGAGCAGCCGGAGGGCCCUGGCGCCCUGGACGGCAACGGGGCGGUGAUCAAGGGACCGUAUGCUCUAGCGGCGGCGUUCGCCGCGGUGCUGUUUCCGUUCGUGUUUGAGGGCGCCUCUGAGCGUCGCGGGCGGAGUGGCGACCGCUCGCUCCCGCUCUCUCCUGCCCGCGCGACCGCACCGGAGCGACCCUCCUCUGCUUCCGCCCUGGCUCCGCUCGCCUCCGCGUUGCCUCUCCUUCGCCACUUGUCUUUCUCGUCUCACGUCUCGCUCGCUCCCACGCCCGCUCUGUGUGCCGAGAAGCCCGCGGCGGAUGAGGCAGCCCCUUCGCAGUCUGCUGUGGGCGCCGAGUCGGCGCCUGCCGCCUCUUCGGACGCGAUGUACCAGGAGCUCUGCGCAGACUCCUCGCUCCAACUGUUCAGCGGCUCGGCGCACCCCGAGCUCGCGCGCGAGAUCGCGGCUCACCUGAACGUGACCCUUGGCCGUGCCCACGUCGGUCGCUACGCCGACGGCGAGUGCGUGAUCAAAAUCCUCGACGAAGUCCGCGGCCGCGACGUGUUUGUCAUUCAAAGCACGCCCGCAGCCGGCGGCGACGUGCACAGCAGCCUCAUGGAGCUUUUCCUAUUCCUCACCGCGCUCAGAAGGGCUUCCGCGAAGCGCAUCACGGCGGUCAUCCCGUACAUGCCUUACGACCGUGAGACGGAGUUGAGUCACGGGGACGAGAUUCUGACCCCCAUGGCUGCCGCCGAUCUUGCAGUUCUUCUGCAGGUAUGCGGCGCCGACGGUGUCAUGUUCGUGGAUGUCCAUAAUCCGCGCAUGGAAGGGUUUUUCACUGCCUCCUCCACGACGCCGCUGCCGAUGACCAACAUCCAGCCUCAUCGCCUGGCCGUAAAGUACUUCAAAAAGAAGGAGCUUGUCAAUCCCGUGAUCGUGGCAACCGAUAACACCGCGGGCGAGAAGGCAGUGGCGUUCUGGACCUUGAUGAAGGGAGGCGGAGUCAACGCAGGCUUUACGACGAUGGUCUGCGACGCUCCCAAGCGGGAAGUUCGCGAAGGCUCUCCGAUUCUGUUUCCAGUGGUGGGCGAGCGCAGCGAGGGUGCAGAGGGCAGCGCUGAGGGCGCCUGGAACCACGUGGGCGACGUGGCGGGAUGCGACUGCAUCAUCGUGGAUGACAUUAUCGACACGGGCGAGAAGGCGGCCCGUACUGCGAAAGAUCUGCAGGCUGGAGGCGCGCGAAGAAUCUUCAUGCUCGCGACGCAUGGAGUGCUCUCAAAGGGCUCGGUCGACAGAAUCAACAGCAGCCCUAUCCAGGAGGUCGUUGUGACAAACACUGUGCCGUUCCCGUCGCACAUUUGCUGCGAAAAGCUCGUCGUUCUGUCCGUCGGCAAGCUCAUGGCAGAGGCUAUCAAACGUGUCCAUGAAGAGCAGUCGCUCUCUAGUUUGUUCGAUGAUGCGAAGAUUCAUUCGCACAUCACCGAGAGACGGCAGCUGCAGUAA